CCCCAGAUGACUGCCUGCUGAAACUGUCAUUGACUGCAGACUGCCUGCAGAAACUGUCAUUGACUGAUUGAAAAGAUAAGGACUUGCAACAAUGCUGCUGUUCGUUGCUGCUAUGAGCACCAUGUUGUGUCUCCACCUGUCGGUUCUCGGUGCUGCUGGUGAUAGAGACGCCCUUCUAUACAGGGUGGACAUCUACUUGCCCCCGAAGGCGGGGAGGGACGAGACGGCGGACAUACAGCAGAUUAAGGAGACAGUGAAAGGUCUAAGUGACAUCAAGGUUCUCUUUUCAUUUAAGGAGCUUGGAAAUCCAAGGAUUAUUCUUGUUCUUGACGUUGAGAAAGCAUGCAGUUGGCCCCAGUUGACUGGUUUUCUAUUCAGCAAGGGAUAUGAGUUCAGCGUCACAUCCCUCUACAGCUGCGAAGACUUCGCCAAGGAGCUCGGCCUCAACCUGCCUAAGGACAUGUGGUCAUCAUUUUUCGAAAAUCAUGACCUUCUCAUGGACAGGAAGAUAUUUCCUGUAGGAGACUUGUCAACUCUUGAGUACAACGAAAUGCUGAAGUGGACGUUCGCGGGAGAUGGAGCCCUUCACAUAUCCGGACAGGAACAAGCAUGCUUCCGAACUCUCGCCGAAUAUCCGGUUGAACUGAUGUACUUCGGUCCCGUUCGCCAACAUGGUAUAGAAGUACUGGAAGAAAAUUUGCAUGGACCUAAGUACUUCCAUAAUACAGUAACACGAAUCGAAAACCUUUAUUCUUACCCUGAAGGCUGCCAAAAAUGAGACCAAGAAUGAUGUGCAGAUUCUGUGUUUAUUUGUCAGGAGACAUUCAAGGUUUGUCGAGGUACAUUGAAUUGCAUAAAUAAUAAUAUAAGAGGUACUGCACAGUU